CGUAACGGAGCUGACUUGACGCUGCUGGUUCCAGUCUAUCGGGAGGGAAAAGAAGCAAGAAAUGUCACAAAUGGAGCCUCAGAGGAAGUUGAUAAACUCAGUGGACAGCUGUGUGGACGAGGCUCUCUGUGGUCUGGUCAGGUCCAGUCGGGGUUUGUCUCUGCUGCAGGGUCACAGGGUCGUGCUCAGGUCCGACCUGGACAACCUGAGGGGUAAAGUGGCUCUGCUGUCAGGAGGAGGGUCAGGACAUGAACCAGCACAUGGAGGUUAUGUCGGAGCAGGAAUGUUGUCAGCUGCAGUGGCAGGUGGAGUGUUUGCGUCUCCGCCUCCUGCCAGCAUCCUGGCUGCCAUUUUAUCCUUACAUCGUGCAGGAGCGUCCGCCGUCCUUCUCAUCGUGAAGAACUACACCGGCGACCGUCUCAACUUCGGACUGGCCGCCGAACAAGCUCGCAACCGCGGCGUCGCCGUCGACAUGGUGAUCGUUGCCGAGGACUGCGCCUUCGAGCGACCCAGUAAAGCCGGGAGGCGGGGCUUGUGUGGCACUGUCUUCGUACACAAGCUGGCAGGUGCCAUGGCAGAAGACGGCUCCUCAUUGGACCAGAUUGUUGCCAAAGUGACGGCGGUCUUAAAAGGGAUCGGGACACUGGGGGUGAGUCUGUCUCCGUGCAGCGUCCCCGGCUGCCUGCCGUCAUUUGACUUGCCGGCGGGAGACAUGGAGCUGGGGCUGGGUAUCCAUGGUGAACCUGGAAUUAAGAGGUCAAAGGUGACGACCGCAGACGAGGUGGUGAAAACUAUGAUCGGUCACAUGACCAACCCUGACAGCCAAUCAUGUCUGCCGCUCAAAUCAGGAGACAGUGUGGUUGUGUGUGUGAACAACCUCGGAGCUCUGUCAUGUUUGGAGAUGGCUGUUGUUAGUCGAGCUGCCAUCAUCUGUCUGGAGAAUCGCGGGGUGACGGUUGCCAGGGUGAUGUGCGGUUCGUUCAUGACGUCACUGGAGAUGGCGGGAAUGUCGCUGACCGUGAUGAUCGCCGACGACCAAACACUCACACUGUUUGAUGCUAAGACUAGCGCCCCCGCCUGGCCAAACCUCAGCGGUGCCUGCGUGAGUGGAGGCCGCCACGUCGCGGCUGCUCCAGCUACAGGAGCGCGACCGCAGGACGACGACACACACUCUGAGGGUCCACUGAGUCGUGUGAUGCGUGACGUAUUAGAGCGCAUUUGUUCCACACUGUUGGAAAAACAGGAGGAACUCAACUCCCUGGAUCGUGCUGCCGGGGACGGAGAUUGUGGGAACACUCACGCUCAGGGCGCCAGAGCCAUUCAGGAGUGGCUCCAGGGUCAUGUGAUCCCUGGUUGCCCCGGGAAACUCCUGUCCGUCUUGGCUGGACUGGUCCAGGAGAAGAUGGGCGGAUCUUCAGGAGCUUUGUACAGUUUGUUCCUGACUGCAGCUGCGGGUCAUGUGACUGAGGGGCGGAGCAACGCUGCAGCCUGGGCCGCCGCAAUGCAUGCUGGGACACAGGCCAUGAGGAGAUAUGGCGGUGCUGAUCCUGGAGACAGAACUAUGUUGGACGCUCUGUGUCCUGCUGUGGAGGAGCUGCUGAAGCUGACCACCGCUCCACCUGGUGGAGAGAUGGUGAUACUGCAGGCUGCAGUGCAGAAAGCAGCCUCGGGGGCGGAGGCAACCCGUGACCUCACAGCGAGGGCGGGACGAGCCAGCUAUAUCGCCGCCGAGCGGGUCACCCUGCCCGACCCCGGCGCUGUGGCUGUAGCCACCAUCCUGAGAGCGGUGCUGGAUUCUCUGGAGGUUCAGAAGUGAACACAUCGUAAGAUCACAUGAGCUAAUUACGCGGUGUAGUCCUUUAAACUAGAAAAACGAGCUCAGAAGUAAAACAUUCCGUAAUGAAUUACGACGUAGAAGAAGAGGAAUUGUACAGGGAUUUGUAUAAUAAUAUGUAAUUUAUAUUGUAAUACAAGUGUAAACUAAUUAAAUAAAACAUUAUUGAACAACUA